AUGUCAGACAAACAUUCAAUUCAUUCGGAAGAUGAACCUUCUUGGAGUCCAAAAGAUGUUGAGGAAAGUCUUCUUCCCGAAGAAAUCAACGGAACACAGAACUCCGAGGUCUUGUAUCAGCGCCUACAAAAAAAUCACCCAAAAGACUGGUAUGGUCACCUAGACCAUUGUGCGGAUAUGCUCCGACAGAAGCUGAUGUGCGAGGCUGAUACUGGUAUCGUCACUUACAAUUGGAUGAAGGGACAUACAAAUCCCCAUCCGAAUUUCAAUGUCCAGCAUGAGUGUCGCGAUUUCAAUGCUAUUUUGGAGUAUGCUCGUGACAAUCAAGUGGAUAAGGAGAGCAGUGAACGGAUAGAUGUCAGUCGGUUGAAGCCAGACGAUGGACUGAUGAUGGAGUUUGAGGGCGAGCCUCCAUUCGACCCUGAUGCAGUGCCAUCCAUACGUCAGCAAUAA